CAGACGACAGAAGUACUUUGGAACUUGGAAGUACGACAGUAAGGUUCUGUUUUUUGAAAAUGGAGUUUCCAGAAAACAUUCCUGGAAACAUUUUGGAUGAAAUUGCCCUAGAAGGGCUCGAAGGAGUCACUAUUUCAACCCUCUGGAUUCGACUAACAAAGCGAAAGAGUUUCUCCCUCGCUUUAGAUGAACACUCAAAACGAUUCAUUUGGAAAAUCAUAUGCAAAAAUGAUUCAAUUGAAAUGUUUUGUUUGGAAGUUCCAAGACCACCAUUGAUAGACUACAAUCGAUAUGACAAUGUGGAUCCUGAACUUGAAAUCAUUUGUGAACCUGAAGCUCUUCCUGAAGACAUUUAUCCAGUUGCUGCAGUUGAGGAUAAAGCAAAUGGAAUAAGAGGAUCAUGUGCAACUUACCAUACAAGGCAAAAUAUAACUGCAGCGGCAAGAGGACUUACUUUGGAGGAAGCAAUUUCAAAACAUGGUGAACAACUUGUUUUAGUUGCUUGUCAAGCAUCUAGAAAUGUUGCCUUGGCUGGAGUCCAAACAGGUGUUUUAGAAACUCUUGCAAUCAAUUCUUACAUCAUGCUAGAAAGAAUUGGCAGAUCGCGAGAGCAUGGUGAUGUAACACAGGGGAGACAUGGGCUCAGUCGAUUAAACAUUCAGCCAAAGUCUGCUUUCUACUUCAGAAAGAGAUUACUAGCAGACGGUCUUAUUGUAAAACAGCCUAUUUCCAUGAGAAUCGGCAAUCGAAAUGUUUUAGGAACACUUCUUCAUAUAACACGAUUCUACAGCUUGAGACUACCCAAGUUGCUUGAUUUAAUUAAACGACUUAUUCAGAUUCUUAAAGAAGCUCCUCCUCAUUACAUGCUUGAUUACCAAACGAUAAGGACGAAGCUGAACACUUCUUGUCAACUUAAAAAAAUCCUCGCUGCUAGCGAAAUGCGGCAGUAUGCAGUAGUUGAGUCGGUACCGUAUCGAAGUUAUUAUCCAGAUGCGACGAUUAAAGAUUGGAAAAUGCGUAAUUGUGACAACGAGAAACAAGUGAAAAUUGUCCGGUUAAUCGACCCAAACAUCGAUCCCGAAGCGCUCUUUCAAGGUGACGAAGCUCCCCCGGAUGAUGGAUCUCUUUACAGUGAAGGUGAAGAAGAAGGUUCCUAUUCUGGAAUCUUAUCAAACGCUGUCGUUCAGAGACAUCAUCAUUCUAUUGCCCAACAAGCCUAUGCAUUUGUUGAAGCGAGCGGAUCCGAGGGCUUAACACAAGGAGCUUUAGCAGAACAACUUGGUCUUAGUCAGCUUGAUGCUCGUUCUACUAUACGCUCCCUUACUCGUCUUCUGAUGGUUGACUGUAUUGUGAAAGAAGUAAAGAAAACUCGAUUCUUUUUGUAUGUUGCUAAAAAUCAUUUUGGUUCCAACGCUAUCCGAGCGCAGUUUGAACAAGAGCAACAAAAGAUCAAAGGACUGAUGCAAGCCUCCAAUGAGGUUGGUAGUGACGCAAGUUCAUCGUCCUCCUUGCCUUUCUUUCCCUCUCCAAAUGUACAGUUAGAGAAAGAUGUUACUCUACGACACGAAGAGGUAGAAGAGGACGAUGGUCUAUUUCGUCCUAAUGUUCCACGAGGAAUUUUAGCUGAGGGAGAAACGAUCUCUGAUUUAACUCAUCGUAGCCUGAGACGAGUCAACAUUAUUCUCGAAGCCAUUCGCCAACAUUUGGUGAUUGAAGAAAUUGGCGUUUUACUCAGACUAAUUACAGCUGAAGAGGCUAAGGAAGGUGUAGAUGCCCGAAUGGAUCGUCGCUCACUUAAACGUUUACUUGCUCGUUUAUCCAAUGAAGGGCAGUUGAAGAAUAUGCGAAUCGUCCUUCGGUGUGGUGAUCGGGAACGCGCCCUUAAUUUCAUCUGUCAGCCUGGUAUUGAUCAAAACAACAGUGUGAUUCGCUCGGCAAUCGAUCAGGCAAAAAUGAAGCUCUUUUGCAUGUCUAAACACAAAUACAACCGUAAUACAGCGGCAAAGGCUGAAAAAACGCAAUCAAAAUCUGACAAGCUAGAAUUUAACGAUAACUCAGUUCCAUUGGAUCCAUCUCUAUGUGCCAGCGUCAAACAGGUCAAAGAACAAUUGCCUAAAGGACAAGUCCAGGGAUCAAAAAGUUUCCCUUUCAAGUUUGUUCACGGUACUAACAGCGGGAAAGUAUACGGAACUGAGCCUAAGUGCAUCCGUGCGAGAGAAAUCCACAAGCUUUUAUAUUAUCUUGUAUAUGGAUACGAUGGUGAGCUCAUAAGUGAUCAAGCUCAGGCAAGAGAAAUGCUGAGAACGCAAAAUCCUGUCCUAGACGGCCUUGAUGAUGAAAUGUUUGACGAUCUCCCCGAUAUUUAUAAGACUGAAUUAGGGUGGCAGACAUUCAUUGAACCCCUGCCAGAGCACCGUGGAUGGCCUUGUGGGUGGUCUUUUCUUUGCGACAUUUUUCUCCGUUUGCCUCUUUCAACUUUUCUGAAGGUGGUCAAUAUCACUUAUCAGAUUGAUGGGCUUGAAGCUUAUCUCAAACAUCCUAUCAAACAAUACGUGCUCCUUAAACAUCUCCCAAUGGAUCUGCGACAAGGACUCAUUUUCGCUCGGAAGUAUAUUUUCAGCGUUCACGAAGUCAUCACAAAUUUGGUUUAUCUCGGACUUGCUCAAUUUGGACCGCACAGCCUUAAGGAAAAGGACCAAGUUUUCAUUUACUUGAACCGGAAAACAACUUUAAUGGAUACGACUACCUCCAAUCCUGGAUAUCAUCACAUCACACGUGAAAUGGAAUACGAAAAGAAGACUUUUGUUUUUGACUCGAUGCUAGACGUUGAAAAAUAUUGGUACGAAGUCCAGACUAUUUGUUUCAACACUCUCUUGGGCAGUCUCAGUACUGUGGCCGGUCAAAGUAUAACACUUGAAAUGUUAAGAAAAAAACCAGCCAUGAUUGAAGCGAUGAGAAUGCGUGAACCCCACGAAGCUCCAUUACUAGAUACAGGUGAAGUGCCUGGAGAUCAUCUUGGUGCUGCAGGAUUUGAUUCGGCUUUCUUCGCCCAUUUGAAGAGGAAUUGGACUUACAACAAGUCAACAACGAUGAUCAACCGAUUGGAGAUGCAAGUUAAGAAAACGGGUAAUGGAAGUAAAACAGCCAAGUCACCGCAAACAAAAACGUCCAAUCCAUCCACUGCUCCGGGUCGGCUUGCUAGUUUGCGAGACAAUGCUGUUCGUUUUACUCAAUGUACUACACAAGACGGAACAAAUUUAACCAUUCCUGUGACUGUUGUCGAAAACGAAACCAAUCCCCGAAAUCUAAAGAGGAAGCGUAAUGAUAGCAAGAAUUCAACUCCAACUGUCCGUUGGUCAAAAGUUGGUCCCAAAAGAAGUAAAGUUUCAACAAAACCUGCAUCAAAGGUCCGAGUGGUUAAGCCUCGAAAGAAACGAGGCCCACGUCGUCCAUACUACGAUGAAAAGGACAGACAAGCUCUGCUUUUGAUGCGACGUUUGCGCGUAACCUGGUCAGCUAUGGAAGACAGCUUCCUACUUAUGUGUAAAGUUGCUGGUACUUACAUUCACGGAAGUCUUCGACAUAGUGUACCGUUCAUCGUUGUGAGAGAUUGCCUUCAUGAGACCUAUCCGGAAUCUCGCAAUAAGACCUCGAGGGCUUGCCAACGACGAGUUGCUUACAUGAUGCGAAAUCCUACGACAGAGUAUCAAGUCGUAAACGCAUAUCAGGAACUUGAGCAGGAUCCCGAAAUUGAGGUAGUUUCUGGAGGAGGGCCAAUCACUAAAGAAGAUCGUAAAAAUCACGGAGUUGAAAAAACCGAAGAACUGAUCAUUGCUCGGUUUCGGAAGCUGUUAGAGUACCUGAAACCCCGAUAUUCACAAGGAGGAAAUUCUAGCGCUAUUCCUGGUCUCAAACUGCCCAACACUAUUGAAGAAUUCCACCAGCAGUAUGAACUGACCUACUCGUUGGCAAACUUGCGACACCGCCGACCCAUCUCGGAGGUCAAUAAUGUAGUCGACGUAAACGUCAACGUUGUCUUCAAUGUUAUUCACAGUUCAAUGUGCACGACGGAAGACAAAGCGUCCUGGGGAUUCCAUCUAUUCAACAUUUACCAACAGUAUCCUGAUAAUUUAGUCCGAUCAACUCUCGCCAGAAUGAAAAACGACAUGAUGAUCGCGCAGAGAAAACGCGCAAUUUCUCUUAUCAGGAAUAAAAAAUUUUCCGAGAUGCCACUAAGUGCGGUGCCAUACAAAUUGUCCAUUACGUACAUUCACCUUUUCCUUUCCCGAUAUCAGUAUCCGGUGUUCCAUUGCUCCUACCAACGUCUACGAGCAAUCUUAGACGAAAAACAAAAAAUUCCUCCUGCAAGCCAAGACUGGCCUGGAGUUGAGGUUAGCCGAAUUCAUGAGGGAGGUAAUGCUGCUAUGGUAGUCUCACUAUUUGCUAUCGGUAUGGCUCGACUUCGCUUCGUCAUUCCAGAUCAAAUUAUUAUUUUUGAUCCGAAAUUGAAGGACCAUCCGGAAGAGUUUGACAACUUGAUUAAACGUUACAACAACUGGGUCAAAGAUGUUGAUACGGCAGCCCAAAAUGUUAACAAAGAAGACAGAUCGCAAAUACAGCGACGUCGACUAGGAAUGACGACAGCCGCUGCGACUAGUGCAAUCGCUGCAAUUCCGAAAUUGAUGAGCACGACUGAUGUCGCUGCCUCAGUAAGUCAUGAAGAAUUCGUUCAACCCACACUUCGCGAAACGUCAAUCAGUGCCUUUGAAACGAUAACUGGGGCGAGCAACGACCGAACUCAAAAUCAACUAAUAAUGCGCACAGCCUCGCGAAUCGGUCUUCACAUGUUGCGAGAAGAUAUCACGCAAGAUACCCAAUCGCAUAACAACCAAUCGACACCUCACAUUCAGCAGGAGCAUUUCGUUAUCAAUUCAUGCAAAGUGUAUGUCGACCUGAGUUUGCCGAAAUCGUCGUCUGAAGGCUGGCUGUUCAUCAGUCCUAAGAAGAAACAAGAAAUCAUUGAUACCAUUCCUACCACUGUACCCUUUUCUCACACUCUUCCGGAUCAAGCUUACGAACAACUGUACGAACGAAUGGAAUGCAGUGAAAGUGCUAAAGAUGAUGCAGCUACAAUAUUGCAGUUGAUCACUAGUAAGAAAGAAAUGGGGAUCAUUGCUUCAGAACUGCCACACAUAGUGGGUGACUUGGAUGAUCCAUCCUUCACAUUGGAACAACACAUGUCGUUGCUGACGGAGAGUCAAAUUGUGCAAAAAGUCGGUGUGGUCGCUCAACGUUUCGUUUCAAUUUAUCAUAUCGAUCCUUGGGUCAUCAAAUCGUUCCGAUUAUUGAGAAGUGGAAAGGAAAAACUAGAGCCCUUCAAUGAUGAUUAUAUUCCGAGUAGAAAAAACGAUGAAAAAUCUCAACCAGAAGAAAUCCAGAUGGUAGAGACAGCUCCUGAAACCAAACAAAAUCCUGAUGAAUCACAACGACAGAGUCAAACUGAGGAAACGGAUAACCAGUCGGAAGACAUUCAGAUUGAAGAAACACCUCCGGUUACUGCUGAUGGCACUGUUGCAGAAUCUGCAAAAGAGGCAGUUUCAGGCCGUCGUAAAAGAAAGGUCUCUACUUACUUUCCGCCUUCAAAAAAAUCUCAUACCGUCGAUAACUUGGGAACAAAGGAUCGGAUCGAUCUUUUAGUAAUGGUCAAACCUUGGGUCAAAAUUGACGGAGGUCUCAACCGUCGUGUCCUGGAUCGUUUGCUCGGAGGUUUUAAUAUCUUUUCUAUUUUUACAAAUAACUUUCCUUAUUUAAUAUCUUUACUUUUAGGAUUACUUUCUCAUGUGCUUUUAAAGCCGGGAUCUAAUAUUGGACAGUUGGCCGAACGUUUUCAUCCAGCCCUUCAGCCGUUUCAAACUAGAGAGUUGGUGGAGAUAUUAGAGAAAAUUGGAUGCGUAGAAUUUUAUGGCAUUAAGAAAACGGGCAAAGCUGGCCCCUUUGCAGCGCGGACCACACUUGAAAUUGUUGCUCUUGAUAGAUUUGCCCGUGAUCAAGACAUUUAUGUCGACCCUAAAACGGAAGCCAUCCUACGACUGGGUGAGUUCAUCGGCGACAAAAAGUACGAAAAAGAUUACAUCCCAAAAUGCAGUUGUCACAGCAACGCGGACAGCUAGAAGGUGAUAUUGUUUUUGGAAUUAAUGCGUUUCACUGAAAAUUACAAAUACUCUUGAAAUGAAAUUAAAAUAUUUCAACUUAAA